AUGCCAGUCGACAAGAUCAAAGUCCCCCACGACCCACGAAUCUCCCUACGCAGCGCCCACCUGAACGGGACGACAUAUGGCUACCUGUACAGUCCAGCCUCGACCGCCAAGCGAGGGACUAUCUUCCUCGUGCACGGCUUCCCAGACCUAAGCAUGGGCUGGCGCUACCAAAUCCCGUUCCUGACCUCGCUCGGCCUGGACGUCGUGGCCGUGGACUGCAUAGGGUACGGACGGACGGACGCCCCCCCGUUCAAAACGCAAGACUACACGUACCGCCGGGCAGCAGACGACCUAGCCGAACUGGCACGCCAGCUGGGUCUAAGCCAGAUCAUCCUCGGCGGCCACGACUGGGGCGGCGCGAUCGUCUACCGCGUGGCACAGUACUAUCCGACCCUGAUCCAGGCCGUCUUCAGCAUCUGCACGCCCUAUUUCGCCCCGUCGGACAAAUACGAGCCCCUGGGCAUCCUGGUGCAGAAACGCCUGCCGAAUUUCGCCUACCAGCUACAGUUUGCCUCGGGCCAGAUCGAGGAGGCUGUGCAGUCGGCCGCCGAGAUCCGUCAGUUUUUGAAUGCCAUGUACGGCGGCCGCAGUGCUGCUCCGGAUCCCAAGCCGGUCUUUGACGUGGAUCGGGGGAUCGACGUGGCUCGCCUGUCUCGGGUGGGCAAGACGAAGCUGCUCGACGACGAUGAGAUGGACUACUAUGUCGCCGAGUAUGGUCGGCACGGGAUCCACGGGCCUCUGAACUGGUACCGCAACCGGGAGGACAACUUUAUGAAUGAGUGGCGCGACUUUUUUCGGUCUGGGCAGAAACCCGCGGCUCAGGCCCCGACGAUCAAGCAGGAGGUGCUGUUCGUGCUGGCGACCAGGGAUCAGGCCCUUAAGCCUUUCAUGGCUGAGAGGAUGGGCGAGCGUAUUCCGAAUCUGACCAGACGCGAGGUCAGUGCUAGCCAUUGGGCGCUGUGGGAACGGCCGGAAGAAUGUAAUCGUCUUAUUGGAGAGUGGUUGCAUCAGAAGGUGUUUGACAAGGACAGUGAUCGCAGUAGGGAGAAUAAACUGUGA